AUGAAUGCGGUUGAUGCAUCCGAGCACUUUGACAAGCCAUCCUACUCAACAGAACAGAGCCCUUCCCUUCUCACAGUCAUCCUCGACACCAACCCGGCAGCAUGGUCGUUACUCUCCCCAACCCUCCCUCUGUCCAGCGCCGUCGCCACUCUCCUAGUCUUCAUCAACGCUCACCUGGCUGCAAACUAUACCAACAAAGUGGCCGUGAUCGCCUCGCACUGCGACAAAGCCACAUGGCUCUAUCCCAGUCCGACCGACCAGAAGCUCCCUCGAUCCGCCGCCUCGACGGCCCGGGCCAAGCGACAACCUCAUCAUCAUCAAGACCCAUCUCUUCGAGAAGACGACCCCCCCAAAAGGCUGAAGCUUAAUGGCCCAGCAGGAGAUUAUCCUCCGGGCUCUUCAACAGCAGCAAACACCAGUAGCAAAUACCGGCCCUUCCGCCUCGUCGAGGAAAAGCUGCUUCGCAGUCUGACGUCGUUGCUGGCCAGCACGUCCCCCGAAGCCGUGGCUGGCUCCCCGUCCACCAUGAUCGCAGGCGCCCUCACCCUGGCCCUCUCCUACAUCAACCGGGAAUCCAUCCUACUCACCGAAUCGCUGGUCGGAUCAUCAAAUGUGAACACUGAUAAUGCCAGAGACCCCGCGGCCGCAGCAGCCGGAGAAGGGGCCACUCAAUCCCUCCAGUCACGCAUCCUCCUCAUCUCAGCAUCCCCGUCCACCGACCUGGCUCACCAGUAUAUCCCCAUCAUGAACGCCAUCUUCGCGUGCCAGCGGCUCUCAAUCCCCAUUGACAUCCUCCAACUCCCUCUCCCCGGCUCCUCUGCAGCACUCGCGGGAGCAACACCUUCUUCUUCUCCCACGGACUCAUCAUCGUCACACUCGAACUCACGCUCCCAACACUCCAACUCCACCGUCUUCCUCCAACAGGCCGCCGACGCAACCCACGGCAUCUUCAUCCCCGCCCACCUCGCCGCACCCCACGGUCCCCAUGGGCCCCACGGGCCCGACCCGAUCAAGACAGCGUCCCAGUCCCUGCUGACCUACCUCCUGACCAGUUUUCUGUCCAGCCCGCUGACCCGCGCUGCGCACUUGAUCCUCCCCACCCGCAUCGACGUCGACUUCCGCGCUGCCUGCUUCUGCCACCGCAACGUCGUCUCCGUCGGCUUCGUGUGCUCCAUCUGCCUGAGCAUCUUUUGUGAGCCGCCCGAGAACGGGGACUGCUUGACCUGCGGCACCCAUCUCGCUGUCGACGAGCGCGGCUAUGGGAAGACGCCCGUGGUCGUCGCCUCCAAAUCCAAGAAGAAGAGGCCGCAGCAGGCGGUGGCGCGGUAA